GGGGUCCCCGGUGGUCCAGAAGCCGCGGACAGCCGGUACCGAGGAGGGUUCCGGACAGGGCCCCUGCCUUCGCCCUCUGACUGGGCCCCCGGGCCCAGCACGCAGCGUGACCUUGGGAAGGAGGACAAGGGUCUUCCCGGGCGCACUGACCAGGCAGGAUGGGGCGGGGGGUCUCAGCUUUCAGUCAUGGCCUCCGGCAACGCGUGCAUCGGCAAGCCCGCCCCGGACUUCCAGGCCAACGCCGUGGUGGACGGCGCCUUCCAGGAGGUGAAACUCUCCGACUACAGAGGGAAGUACGUGGUCCUCUUCUUCUACCCGCUGGACUUCACCUUCGUGUGCCCCACCGAGAUCAUCGCCUUCAGCGAUCGCGCCGCGGACUUCCGCAAGCUGGGCUGCGAGGUGCUGGGGGUCUCCGUGGACUCGCAGUUCACCCACCUGGCUUGGAUUAACACCCCCCGGAAGGAGGGCGGCUUGGGCCCCAUGAACAUCCCCCUGCUGGCUGAUGUAACCAGAAGUUUGUCCCAUGAUUAUGGCGUGCUGAAGGAAGAGGAUGGCAUUGCCUACAGGGGCCUCUUUAUCAUCGAUGGCAAGGGUGUCCUUCGCCAGAUCACUGUCAACGAUUUGCCUGUGGGACGCUCUGUGGAUGAGGCUCUGCGGCUGGUCCAGGCCUUCAAGUACACAGAUGAGCACGGGGAAGUCUGUCCCGCUGACUGGAAGCCAGGUAGUGACACGAUCAAGCCUAACGUGGAAGAUAGCAAGGAAUACUUCUCCAAACACAGUUAGGCUGGCCGACAGAUGCCAAGCUUCGGCUCUUGGCCCCCACCUGUGUGCCUGUGCUGGCCCAGGAAAGGCCAGGCCUGCCCCUUCAAAUUCCUCAGUCCUGACCCUGAAGGGCUAGGCCAGGGCCUUCUUAUAUUCCUAGCUGAGUGGUGAAUGGUGACCCAUUGCUGGAACUCCCCAACCGGGCACAGGCCUAGAGGUGACCAAUAAAGUAUUAGGGACAGUUGUGA